AUGCGACUAUAACAAUUUUUUUCUUGUUGCUGUAAUGAAUAAGAAGAUUAGUUAUAAAAUAAAUUAUAACUAUCAAUAAAUAAUAUUUAAAGCCCACAAAGUAACUCAUAAAUUAAAUUAACAUUAGAUAGCUUUACUUUAUUAAAUGUAAUCGGAAAAGGAUCGUUUUCAAAAGUAAUUUUAGUACGGAAAAAUGAUGACUAGAAAUUAUAUGCUUUAAAAAUUAUAAAGAAAAAAAUUAUUUAAUAAAAAAAAUAAUAUGAGCGUGUAAUGACAGAAAGAAAUAUUUUAAUAAACACAAAUAAUCCAUUUAUAAUAAAACACUAUAGUUCUUUUUAAAAUAAAAAAAAAUUAUUUUUCUUGCUUGAAUAUUGUGGAGGAGGUGAAUUAUUUAAUUUAUUAUGGAGAAAAAAAUAAUUUGAUGAAGAGUUAUCUAAGUUUUAUGUCUCUUAAAUUAUUUUAGGUUUAGAAUAUUUGCAUUAAUAAAACAUAGUAUACAGAGAUCUAAAGCCCGAAAAUGUUCUUUUAGAUACUGAUGGGUAUAUAAAAUUAGCAGAUUUUGGUUUAUCGAAAAUAAUAUAAGAAAAUGAAAAUAUGAAAUCUAUAUGUGGAACUAAUUAAUAUUAUGCACCAGAACUUAUAUAGAAAAAAAGUUAUGGAAAAUAAGUUGAUUUAUGGACUUUAGGUUGUUUAUGUUUUGAGUUAAUUAAUGGAAAACCACCUUUUUAAAAUCCAUAAGAAAUAAUGAAUACUGAUAUUUAAAAAUUAUGCUAAUGUUUAAAUUGUUCGGAUUUAUUUAAAGAUUUAAUUAUUAAAUUAUUAGAAAGGAAUUUCAAAAAAAGAAUUGAUAUUAAAUAAUGUAAGAGUCAUUAAGUUUUUGAAAAUAUUAAUUGGGAGUUAAUUUAUUAAAAAAAAGUAAUUCCUUUAAUUAAAAUAUAGAAAAAAAAUGAAAUUGAUAUUUCUCAUAUUGAUUAUGGUUUUUUAAAUGAAAAUCCAUAUUCUUAUGUUUCUGAAACUUAUAAUACUAAUAAUUAGUUUCAAGGAUUCUCCUAUUAUAAUAACAGUAAUAUAAACAAUAAAUGA